AGGAUGGCGAUGCAUCACUAGUGACGAAUGAUAAUUACCAUAUACAGUAUAAGAUUAACUUUGUCUCUUAUGCGAAAGAUCGUGUACACCAGUGUUGUCAAUUUUGGCUUCCAAUGGGAAUUUCUGGCCUUCCAGUGAGAUUUUGUAAUAAUAAAAGUUCCGGUGGCACUAUUAAUUUUACUUCCAGUGACAACACUG